AUGGUUCGCUCCUUGAAAUAUCACGAAAAGAAAUUAUUAAAAAAAGUUGAUUUUAUAUCAUGGAAGAAGGAAAAUAAUAUUCGCGAGAUCCAGAUUAUACGCAAAUAUCAUAUUAAAAAAAGAGAAGAUUAUACUAAAUAUAAUAAACUUUGUGGAAUGGUAAGGAAAUUAUCUCAUGUACUUAAAAAGCUAGAUGUUAAUGAUGAAUUUCGCGUGGAAGCUUCCGCAUUGUUAAUCGAAAAACUAUAUAAUCUUGGACUUAUCCAAUCGCAGAAGAGUCUAACCUUGUGUGAGAAAUUAACCGCUUCCACAUUCUGCAGGAGAAGAUUGCCUGUCAUUCUGGUCAAGCUACGAAUGGCUCCUACCGUUUCGAUGGCAACUACAUUUAUAGAGCAUGGUCACAUUCGUAUAGGACCAGAAGUCGUAACCGAUCCUGCACUGUUGGUGACAAGAACGAUGGAAGAUUACGUUACGUGGACUGAUUCAUCCAAGAUUAAAAAACAUUUACUACGUUAUCAAGGCGAGGUUAGGAUCAAUUUGCUGCUAUAG